UAAUGUGAGAUGCCACGAAAUUGUGCCAUCUGAACCAUAUUAUACCGAAAGUGAGCAAGAACGGAUUUUCGUUCCCUCGAGGAUUUCCUAAUUCUGAAACACACAUAUGUGUUGACGGCGACGCAACAAGCGUUGCUUCUGCCGCGCGAAUAGAAGGGCAGAAAUAUAAAUUUGUUCGUCCGAUUGAAGAUCCGAUCUUUCUCGACUGUCGAGGAGUGCUGUAAGUAAAGGAAUGCUGACGCGAGUAACGAGGCAGCGUAUCCUUGGCGAAAGCCAAGCGUUCCGCAGAUCGAUGACGAAGAUGACAGUGCGCGACGCGUUGAAUACGGCCCUCGACGAGGAGCUGGCUCGGGACGAAAGGGUAUUCAUAAUAGGUGAGGAGGUCGCGGAAUUCGACGGCGCUUACAAGAUAACGCGCGGUCUCUGGAAGAAGUACGGCGACAAGCGGUUGAUCGACACGCCGAUCACGGAGGCUGGAUUCUGUGGUAUCGCCAUCGGCGCGGCGCUCCUAGGCCUAAGGCCGAUAUGCGAGUUUAUGACCUUCAAUUUCUCCAUGCAAGCCAUCGACCGUAUUAUCAAUGGCGCCGCGAAGAAUCUCUACAUGUCCGCCGGAAGAUUUCCCAUUCCCAUCCUAUUUCGCGGUCCGAACGGUAACGCCAAAGGUUUGGCCGCGCAGCAUUCUCAGUGCUUUGCCGCGUGGUUCAUGAGCGCGCCCGGCUUGAAGGUCGUGUCGCCGUCGACCUGCGAGGAUUACAGGGGCUGCUUGAAGGCGGCUGUGCGAGAUCCCGAUCCUGUCAUCAUGCUGGAGAGCGAGCUACUUUACAACAUUGAAUUUCCCGUAUCCGACCAAGCUAUGGACAAGGACUACCAGAUACCUAUUGGCAAGGCCAAGGUGGAGAAGCCUGGCAAGCACAUCACUCUAGUGACGCACGGCCAGGCGUACGUGUAUACGGUUCAAGCGGCCGAGCUGUUGGCUGGGCAAGGUAUCGAGGCGGAAGUUAUCAAUCUACGAUCGCUAAGACCCUUGGACUGGGAUACGGUAUUCAAGUCGAUCGGCAAAACGCACAGACUAAUGACCGUUGAACUGGGCUGGCCUAGAUGCGGAGUAGGAUCCGAGAUUGUCGCGACAGUCAUGGAGAAUCCAGUCUUUUUUCAGCUCGACGCACCUGCGGUCCGAUGCGCCGGCAUCGACGUCCCGAUGCCUUAUUCGGAGAAGAUCGAGUACGAAUGUACCCCGAAGGAGCAUCAUAUAGCCGACUACGCUAAACGCAUCUGCGGCACAAAAUUCUGACAAAAUUCUUAGCACGUAUCUCUAUAUGUUAUUUGUUGUAUAUUGUUUGUAUAAUAAACUUUCUCACUCACUGA